AUGACCCUUCGGACGCGCCUCCGUCCACCCAACCCCGCCGUCUCAUCCCAUCCAGCCUGGCUCAGAGCGCUCCUCGAGGACCAGGCACCUCCCCCGAAGUUGUUCGCCUGGACUCCGGCCAACCUCUCGCCGAGGUCGUACGAGUGCAUGCCCCCCUCCUCGUCCUCGCCAUCGUCCUCGCCCUCGGCCCGGCCCGCUGCCGAUCUCGACCGUCGCAUCUUCAUCCUCGGCGUCGGUAACAUCGGCCGCCUUUACGCCAGCCACCUCGCGCGCCACAUCCCCACCCCGCCCCUGACGCUUGUCGUCCACCGCGAGGAGCUCCUCGCCCAGUGGCUCUCGGCCGAAGGCCUUGAGCUCAUUCAGAACGGCGUCCCUACGAGGAACAAGACGGCAUUCGACAUCGAGUACUGGACCGAGACGCCCCCCGAGUGCGGUCCCGUCCGCGAGGUCGCCGACGGCGCCGCUCUCCGCAACCUCAUCAUCGCUACCAAGGCAUCCGCCGCCGUGCCCCAGGCAGAUCGACUGCGUCGCUACCUCGAUGGCGAAAGCACCGUGGCCUUUACGCAGAAUGGCAUUACCAAGCUCUGGCCCCCCCACGGGCCCGCGUACGUGACGCGCCGAUACCCUGCCGGGGACGCGCCCAACUUCCUCGCCUGCGUCACCGGUCACGGCCUCUACUCCCUCGGCCCCUUCCGAAGCGUCCACGCGUCCCCAGCCAGCGCUACCGUCGGCCCCGUCCUGCUGAACAGAUCGCGGCACCGGGCGCCAAGCGUUGACUAUCUGACGCGCCAGCUAGUCACGGCGCCCCUGCUCGCCUGCACCGCCGUCUCCGCCACGGAGCUGUGGCUGCGCCAGCUCGAGAAGCUCGUCUACAACUCCGUCAUCAACCCCCUGACUGCCGUCCUGCGCUGCAAGAACGGUGCUCUCUUCGAGGACCCGCCCGCCAACCUCCUCUCCCCCGUCAUCGAGAGGCUGCUUGCCGAAACUGGCAGCGUCCUGCAAGCCCUCGUCAGCGACGAAAGCAGCACCCCCAUCCUCGAGACGGCCGACGUUGGCAGCCUCGAGUCGCUCAGGGAGCAGCUCAGCCACCGCUUUGCGCCCGUCCGCCUGCACAAGCUCCUCUACGACUUCGGCGCCACCGUCGCCGACAACGACAGCUCCAUGCUGCAGGACGUGCGUGCCGGCAAGCAGACCGAGGUGCAUGACUUCAACGGCUGGAUCGUCGAAACAGCCGAACGGCUGCAGCAGGGACUCGUCGUUCCCACCCACCGCGCACUCGUCGCCCUCGUCGACAGUGCUACCGUGUUGACGAAAGAGGAGCUGGUAGCCCAUCUGCUGGUCGAGUACGGAGUAGACGUAUCAUAUUUCACAUCUCCCACGUAA